GGGGUAGAAGUGUUUCCUAUACAGACGGUGUGCGAGGUUGACAGUUCUCUUUCGUUGUUUUUCAGGAGGAGCUCGGAUGUUGUUUUUAUUUGCAAUAUUGUAACCAGGCUUCUGAUAUAGUGAACACGUUACAAAUUCCACCGUAACGUAUUUUUUGCUGUUUAUUGUGUGCAUCUAUUGUCUACUCCAUGAAUUCUCAGCGACCCGAGAGCUUAACUUAUAGGGGCAGAGAGGAUCCUCCCUAUGCAAGUGGAUUCGCAUCAAGGUCAUUUAAUAAUUCAUCCAGCACGGAUGUUCCACAUUGGGUGUCAACACCUCCUGACAUCCCCGGGAGCAGGAAUCUCCACUGGGGAGAAAGAACCCCCCAGUAUGGCCCAGCUACACCCAUUGCUCAAGGACCUAGUGAUGAGUCGUUACAGGGUGGACCAUCCGGUGAUCAGUUAAACAGAUUUGCAGGAUUCGGUGUUGGGUUGGCAAGUCUAUUUACAGAAAAUGUUUUGGCUCAUCCUUGCAUUGUAUUUCGUCGCCAGUGUCAGGUCAAUUACCAUGCAAGGAACUACCAUCUUGUACCUUUCACAGCUGUUAGUGUCAUGUACAACUUAACUAAAACACAGGGGCCAAAGGCUCUAUGGAAAGGAAUGGGAAGUACAUUUGUUGUCCAGGGUGUAACAUUGGGCACUGAAGGAAUCAUCAGUGAAUGUACUCCACUGCCCAGAGAACUGUCCCAUAAAUGGAAUCUAAAAUGGAUAGCUGGGCACCUGAUACUGAAAGGUUUAACAUGCGUUGUUGCAAUGCCUUUUUACUCUGCCAGCUUGAUUGAGACUGUUCAGAGUGAGGUCAUCCGCGAUGACCCGGGAAUCCUGGACUGUGUGAAAGAAGGGGUCGGUCGAUUGAUUGGAAUGGGCAUCCCCCACAGCAAGCGACUCUUCCCUCUGUGGGCACUGGUUUUUCCCACUUUCCUGCAUGGAGUACUCCAUUACAUCGUCAGCGCUUCUGUCCAGAAGUUGGUGCUGCUUGUUUUAAGGAGGAAAUCUCCUCAGGGGCAGUUGACAGAUGGCACACAGCCUAUUCAGAACAUGCUUGACGCGUACUUCCCUGAACUCAUGGCGACGUUUGCAGGAAAUCUCUGUGCAGAUGUUUUGCUGUACCCACUGGAGACAGUGCUGCACCGUCUUUACCUCCAGGGUACCCGCACCAUCAUAGAUAACACAGAUCUGGGUUUUGAAGUCCUCCCUAUUAAUACACAGUAUGAAGGACUGAGAGACUGCAUUAAUACAAUCAGGAAAGAGGAGGGAACCCUAGGAUUUUAUAAAGGCUUUGGCUCUAUUAUUGUCCAGUAUUCACUGCAUGCUGCUGUGCUGCAGAUCACUAAAAUGAUUUACUCUGUAAUGUUGCAAAAUGCUGUCUGAAAACAAGGCCAAAUGCUGCCUGAAAACAAGGCCCUGUAUAUAGAUUGGUUCCUGUCUUGAGAAGCCUGCUGGUUUGGAACUGUACUGUAACAGAAGCACCAGCUCAAACAAAGUUUCAUUACAGAACAGAAACAAUUCUGUAAAGAUUUGUUAGAACCACAUUUGGCUAAAAUAUACUGAGCUUUUUUCAGUUGCUUGAUUUGCACUUGUUUGGCAAUUCACAUACUCUCUGUUGGCUGUUCACUCAUCUUCCUUUGUUGUAAAAGUUUCAUUAUAUACAGGAUUUUUAAAUAGCUAUCAUGUCAUAGUCUUUCCUGUUACAGUGUUUUUUUCGUCCCAGGUGUUUCAUCCCGUUAAUUUCAGCUUUAUCUUUAAUCAAAACAUGUGAUUGAUCAGUCCCUAUUGGAUUUAGGACUGCACCACUACACUACCUUACAGUUCAGCCAUUUUCAUUAUAGUUUUUCAGCACAUACCACACCAUAAAUACUACACUCCCCUUUGGCACACUUUUAUCCUUUUUAUUUCUGAUGGUUAAGAGAGGGGAACAGCAUUUGGCCAUGCAUUAAUAGAGGAUAUAACUGAAUACAAAUUAUACAUAUCCCAUUUUUAUGAAGUUCAUGUUAGUGUAGCAAUUCUGAUUGGCGUAAUGUUGAAUAACCAACAUCUUUUAAGGCCCAUAGACAAACAAAAUCAAAACACUAUGAGCAAAUAAGGCUAUUGUACAUGCAACAGACUGGCUGUGCACAUUCAGGUUUAUACUUUGAUUUCACAGUUCAUUUUCUGUUUUAAUUUUCAUUUCAUGAAAAUUAAAACAAUAGUGUAGUAUUUAUGUCUGGCUCCUGUCAUAUUUUUAUUAUUUUAUUUCUUGAUAAAGAUAAGACACUGGUGAUCUGUUUGAGUUGCAGGUAUCUGAAAGGUGAGCUGAUUUUAAAUGUACAUAAAAUGUGAAAAAGAUUAAUAUAUUUAGCACUGACUCCGCACUAUGCUUCUGUUUGCUUGGACUACUAAAGUUGAGGGAUGUAAUAAAGCUAUGGUAGAAUGAUAGUGCAAAGUUAUUCCAGUUGUAUUGCUUGGUUUAGAUAUGUGUUGCCUCUAUAGCUUGGUGCUUGAAUGAUGUACAGUACCAAGGUUGUUUAUAUUUUUGUGAACAAUUUCCCAAAUAAAUUUCUGAAAUGGGA